AUGGUACAUAUAACAACAGCUGUUGACACAUUUCCACAAAUUCUUACUGAAACAUAUAAUCAAACAUCAAAUCUUUCGUCUACAGCUAUUUUAACAUGUCAUAUACGUGAUUUAGGUGAACAUCAUGUAACAUGGUUUAAAUUUGAUCCAUUAACGUCAUUUCCAUCGCCAUUAGCUGUUGGAAAACAAUUAUUUACAACUGAUAAACGUUAUUCAAUAUCAUUUUAUUCUACAUCAUCAAAAGAUUCAUUUUGGUCAUUAGAAAUCUAUCAAUUGAAAUUCUCUGAUGAAGGUACAUAUAUAUGUAAAAUAGCUAAUAGAAAAGUAAGUGUUAGUAUUUAUAUACAUUUACAUAUACAAAUACCAAUGAUGAUCUAUCCUACAAAUGUUUAUAUUGAACCAGGCGCAAGUAUUAAAUUAAAUUGUAGUCUUUUAAUGAAUAGUGAUAUGAAUGAUACUCAUAAAAAAUCAUUGAUAACUUGGCAUUUUGUAUCAAAUCAAAUCAAUAAUACAAAACCUCAUGAUAUAUAUAUAAGAAAAAAAUUCGUUAAUAAUACAUUAUCUUCAUAUUUAAUUAUUGAACAUGCACAAAUAUUUCAUACAGGUGUAUGGACAUGUGUUUAUAAACGUCAACAAUUAAGUGCCAAAGUAAUCAUUGAAAAAGGUAAGAAAAUUUGA